AUGUCACCAGUCGUAUACGUGGGUUUUCUUGUCUUGCUUCGCGUUCACUUCAGCUUGUCUCUAACUGAUGUUUCUAUACGCUUAUAUAUCGAAGUUCUCCACGACUCUAGUCAUAGAUAUCCCUUCUCCGAGGCGGGAAAUGCACGCGUUUCUAAACGACUUCAAUGCAGGAGCGGGGACGAAGCACAAGCACUUGCAGUUGCAUCGGCAUGGCAGUGGCUGCAGCCAGAGGAGGCAGGGAGCAGGAGCAGGGGCACACUUGGCGCAAUAUUCCCUCAGGUCGGCCGUCCGUCCGUCGAUCUGAUCUGUUCUGUCCGUCGUAUCAUGGCGAUUCUCCGUAGCAACAUAAGAGGGAGCCAUGUUGGUGUUGGAUUCGCGGAAUCGUCUGGUGGCGAUGCCAUGUGGCCGGGGGGCUGGGAGCGCGGAUCGUGAUGAGGACUUGUCGCUGGCGUGCGUGCCAUGUGUGUCUAACGUCAAGGGGCACUGGCUUCGGUUUGUCAUAUUUAUCCAUAGAAUCAGUGCAGUUCUUCGUGAGUAACACCCGGGAUUGCUCUUGUGCCGGUUGCAAUAAGAGAGAGUAGAGACCAUAGAGGGGGGAUUUCCUACUCGGUGGUGGUCCAGUGGUCCCUUCCUGCCUUCCAGUUUCCUUGAGUUGCACACUUUGCACUCUUUCUCUCACUUCUCUCUAUGUGAGUGAAUGAGUGAGUGAGUCUGUCUGGACGUUGGGUGCUCCUGUCAUCAUGAGCUGGCCAUUUCCUUCCUCGUCGCUUUAGAGAGAAUCAUGUUUCGGCUGAACAUUCCUAGCUAUGGAUCGAUCCGCCUAUGGACCGUGGACGGAGCGAUUCCCGAAUCCUCCCUCAUCUUUGGCCCACCCAUCGUCUUUGACUCGAUCGGGUGGGUCAAGAAAUAUGUUCCUCAGCAUUUGACUAUCAAUAAGUAAACGCUUCAAUCCAUUCAUUUUUGUACCGUUCUAGGCCCCAGCCCCAGACCGCCAUUAUGUUCUUCAAUGCGAAUACG